UUUUAUCACCAAAUAAGGGAGCACUGGCAAAUAAUGCAAAUAAUGAAACCCAAUUAUCAAGUUCAAUUGAACCAACUAGCCUUUGUUUUGAACUGAAUGUCUAUAAAUGUAUUCGUCGUUGUUAAGUUUGUUGAAGAACAGGGCGUAAAUAGAAUGAAUUCGGGUGUGUGUGUCGAUGUAAAUAAACCAGAAUCCACGAAAAAAUAUAGAGCAUGGCGAUCAGAAUGUAAAACUUUUAAAGAAAGUAGUGUUUUAUCAUUUAUCUAUUAAUUAUACCAUUACAAUGAGUACAUAUAAAAUGAGAGCGGGGUUUACCAGUGGAAAUAAUUUUACUUAGCAAUAAAAAAGCAAUAUAACAUGAUAUUUUGUGAAAAGCAAUUCAGAGAUGAGAAUACUAAUUAAUAUAGUAUGCGCAAGCAGAAAAUUAUUCACCUUAAAAAUUAAUAGUUACAUCAUAACCUUAUUUCUUAGAAGAACCGUGGAAUUUGAAUGCAAAAUGGAAUGCAAGGUUUGUUCGCGCAUAUGUCAUGAACCGAUAAUUCUUAACUGUACACACGAGUACUGUCAAGAUUGUGUAGAUGGUAUUUUGCAAGUUAACGUUGAUGCUAAUGGUAAAUUGAAAUGUCCAUUAGGAUGCAAACAAAAGACAGCAGUAAAACAAAAAGGGACAGGUGAUAUGAAGAGGGAAGAUGAAGAGUAUACAUUUAAUGAACUUGUUGAAAUUAUUAAAAAAGGCGAUCACAAAAAGUUUCAAUCGAUUCUCAUUGAUAACCCAGGUAUCGCUAAAAUGAUGGAUCCAGGUGGAUGUGAAACACUGCUGGUGGUAGCUGCACGUCUCAACAAACCUUCCAUAGUAAAACAUUUAAUUGACGCUGGUAGUAAUGUGUAUGCUACGAAUUUAGAUAAUACGAAUGGAUAUCACUUCAGUGCACGCUAUGGUUAUUAUGAGGUUUUAAAAUCUCUUAUGGAACACAACGUUGCAAUAAUAAACCAGGAAAACUAUCGCGGUUAUUCACCACUACAUGAAGCGUGUUAUGGCGGUUCUGUUAAAUGUGUUAAGUUGUUGUUGUCAGUACCACAUAUUGAUGCAAAUGUAGAAGAUGACGAUUAUAGCACACCGUUGCAUUGUGCAACUCAAAAAGGUCAUAUUGCGUGUGUAAGGUUACUGUUGUCAUCACGGCUUGUCGAUGUGAAUAAAAAAAACUCACACUGUCGUACUGCUUAUAGUUAUGCUGCUGGAGAUGUCAAAAGGUUAUUCGAAAAACAUUUCAAAACAAUCUGAUUGAUAACUUUUAUGAUGUGCAUACUUAAAAGGCGUAUACAAAUAAGAAUCCAGUGAAUCCAGCAAUCCAAAAAAAAAGUUAGUAAUAGUCAAAAAAUAUUUUAACACUUUAAUAAUUUAUUUGAUAAGAUAAUACCAAACUAUUUAACGGGUUGGGCGCGCAAUUUUACUGCGCUAAUUGAUUUUCAUGGUGACGUUUGUUGUAUAUUUUAGGAUUUAUUCUAGUAUUGUGAUGUAUUUUCUAUGACAUGUAUAUUCGAAGCAGGAGAAUGAGAGAUCAUUACUUUAGCGUCAUGGCGUACAUAUCGUGUGCUUAUACUAACAAAACAACUUCGCCUAUAAACACAACUGUCUCAGUAUAAUGAAAAGUAAACAUUAUAAAGAAAAUGCCAAAACUAAAAAAAGUAAGGGAGGUCUUUUUGCGAAAAAAUGCUCCAAACUUGUUUGAAGCAGGUAAGUUUUUACCUCUAUACGAUAAAAACAGGUUCCUAAACCAAAAUAUUUAUAUAUGAGAUAUUAGAAGUUCGAUCUUGAAAAC